AUGCUGAUAAUUACUGCUGAACAGAAGAGAGUUUCACUCGAUGAAGUGAUGCAAGGCUUGAUGACUAUUGCCAGUUUGGGGGGAGGGGCUUUGGUUGGGUCACUCGGUGAUUGCCGGGUGACAUGGGGGACCAGCAGGGGGCAAGCCAUCAUCACGACGGGAUUAAGAGCCCAAGGAAGUGGGUGUGGUAUCAGGCACGAGGCCCGGGUGGUCACAGAGAGGAAUUUGCGCAGGAAAGAGGUCACGUUGCCACAGAAUAGUGCAUCCGCAACAUUGUCGGCCGAACCUCCAGGGAAGCCUGGGCGAAGACCUGGCCCUACAUGGAACCCAGGUGCCCACUUCCAUACUGCCCAACAGUGCCCAAUUACAAGCCUGAUCCUGAAUGAAGUGCUGGCAUUGCCCCAGAAAUUGAGGUUGAUAGGAAUGGGGUUGCAGAGAGGCGCAGAGCAAGGGAGGGAGUUCAGCAACUCGAAGAUCCAAGGCAAGUGGCCUGGUGGGAAUGGAGCGAAGGAACGGACAAAUCAACUGAAAGAUGCAGAACACGUAGAUCAACUUGUCAUGCAGGCUGCUGGCUUCUGCAAAUUUUGUCCCGCUACUCAUCCACAAUUUGACAAUGGAGACUAA